UGUUUCUGUUCCACUCAGUCACCGUGCUACCAGCGUGUUGUAAAGGUGUGCAAUGUUGUGAUUCGUCGUAAAUAAAAGCCCGUUUGUGUUACGUUGUGAUAAAACAUAAAGCAUAGAAAAUAAUUGAAAAACGUGUGAUACUUGUGAUAUAUUUGAUGUUAUUCGUUAAAGUUUCGUAACAGCAAGAAUUUUUCGUGCAGUCCUUGAGUUGGAGGCUCUAUCGUGACGCUUUCUGUCUUUUGGUUUACACAGCGCCAAUUAACAUCAAUAUAAUAAAAAGAGCUGAAGUACCCUGAGUCGGUCAUGAUGGCGCCCAGCGUGUUCCAGCGGAACAAGUCCCCCCGGGCCUCCCCCGGAAACUUGCCCAGGAAACUACAGAACGGGUCACCAUCAACCAGCCGACCUGACGCUGACUCCAGCCCCGGCGACUCCAUCUCCGACACAGAGAACUUCGAGUGCUACGGCGAGGCCGACGCCGACGCCCCCGCCAACAACACAUUAGAAAACGGCACGCAGAGUCCCCGCAAUCAGCUGAACCGGCACUCCUGGACAAGGACUAGCUUACGGAGAACACCGCCCAGCCACCAAGAGAAUCUGCCGAAUAGGCGAUGGGGCUCCAUGCGACACUCGGGGAAACGCCAAAUCGGUUCAAAUGUGCUAGCCAGCCAAUUGUACCGGUCGUCGUCGUUCAACUCGUCGGGCUGCGGGUCGGGGGGCGAGCCGGCGGACGACAUGUACUCGGACGUCUCGCUGGAGGAGGAUGUACAGGGACUCAAUUACAAGGUGCAACUGCUGCAGCAGCAGGUGACGACGCUGGCGGACACACAGAGCUCCGCGGACGAGCGGUACGCGCGGGCCAAGGCCGACAACGCCGUCCUCCAGGCCAAAGUCAACAUGCUGGAUGAGCAAAUACGAGAGAUCGAAUGCCGCUGCGAGGAGCGGAUAGCGGAGGAGCAGAGGCGGUGUCGGGACGCCAUUUUGCGGGUGGAGCGGGAGCGGGACGCGCAGAUCGCGGUGCUCAACGACCGCUUAGCGAGCGCGGAGGCGGAGGCGUCUGAUCUCAAACAGGAGGUGGGAAGACUACGCGGUGUAGCGGAAACACUACGAGCGAACGCGGAGGCGUGCGCGACUCGCGUCCGCGAAGCGCAGGAGGCGGCACAAGAGAGCGCCACCGCGCUGACAGCGGCGCGGGAAGCGGAGCGGAAAGAGCGAGACGCAGCUACCGAGGCGCGCGCCGCUCUCGCUCUAGCACACGCGGAGUUACGCGCGCUUUCCGCCGCGCCACCGCCAGCACCGGAUCCUAGACUAGAUGAGCUCAGACAGGAACUGACGUUGCUGCGGACACAGAACAAAUCAUUGACAGAAGCCCAAGAGGAGCUCCAGGCGCAGAUACUGACGCGUGGUGUGGAGGAAGGCAGGAGUCUGCUCGACGGAGUCAGCGGCCCGCUAGUCGCGACCAACUCUCUGGCACACGAGCUGUCGCAGAUGAGUGAUGAUGAGCCCGUUGGUAGCACACAAUCUGAUCACAGCAUAGAAAUGGAAAAGUUGCAGAAAGCUCUGAAAGAACAACAAGACGUGAACGUUCAGCUGAGGAACUACAUUGACGGCAUACUGUUGUCCAUAGUCGAAAACUACCCGCAGCUACUCGAAGUCAAGUAUCAAAAACCCGACGUUAAGUCAUAACAAUCAUAAUAAAAUAUUGAGUGCACUAUAAAAUUAAAAACUUGAUCCAUUAGUAAUAAAUUAUUUAUACAGCGAAUGAUCUGGUUGUCUCUGUCAAACGCAUUGGAAAUGUCACUUGAUAGAUAAAGACAGCGGAUCUUUAACAGCUGUUAGAUAUCUUUAUUAGUAAGUGGGUUACUGUUUAUUAGGGCCUUAAUAUAAGGAUAAGUUGAUAAAAUCAGCAGUGAUGUUGCACGAUCUAGAAUGUCAACUUCAAAUUAAUCUACUUCUCGUAAACAUUAUGCUAUUUUUUGCAUUUAAAUUAGCUUAUUUAGACCAGUAAAUGCAAAACAUAUCAAUAAUAAGACAAUAAUAGAAAUACUGCUUACGAGAAUAACAAUUUACAAAUAUUACUUAUUGGUUUAUCCUAUCAUAAUAAUUUUCAAUUAAUUAUAUUGUUUAAUUUGUGGCUUUUGAAAAUAUUGACAUAGUUUUUUAAAUAUUUAAGAAUACCAAUUAGGAUAGAUUACUAAACAUCUCCAUUCUCCACUAACUACGUACA